GUUUCAGCCACAGAAGAAUGUUUGGGGCCAAUGAAACUGACCAAGGAGUCGAUCCAGGUCCUGCUGGUAUUUGCCAAGGAGGACAGUCAAAGUGAUGCUUUCUGGUGGGCCUGCGACCGCGCUGGCUUCAGGUGUAACAUUGCACGGACACCAGAAUCUGCCGUCGAGUGUUUCCUGGACAAGCACCACGAGAUCAUUGUCAUUGAUGGGCGUCACUCACUCUACUUCGAGCCUGAAAAUGUGUGUCGGAUGAUACGUGCCACACAACCAUCAGAAAACACGGUCCUGCUAGCUGUUGUGCCACAGAAACUGUCGGACCAAGAGGAGCCGUCUGUUCUUCCAUUACUGUGUGCUGGAUUCAGCAGAAGGUUUGUGGAGAACAGCAGCGUGUCAGCGUGUUACAACGAGCUCAUACAGAUCGAGCAUGGAGAGGUGCGCUGCCAGUUCAAACUCAGGGCCUGCAACUCAGUCUUCACUGCUUUGGAGCACUGCCAAGAACCUGUGGAGAUCACCAGUGAGGACCACAUCAUUCAGUAUGUGAACCCAGCGUUUGAGAGGAUGAUGGGUUACCACAGUGGGGAGUUGAUCGGGAAGGAACUGACAGAACUUUCAAAAAGUGACAAGAACCGAGCUGACCUGCUGGACACGAUCAACACCUGCAUCAAAAAAGGAAAGGAAUGGCAGGGCAUUUACUUUGCCAAAAAGAAGUCUGGUGACAGCUUACAGCAGCAGGUGAAGAUAAUGCCCGUCAUCGGACAAGGAGGAAAAAUACGACAUUAUGUUGCCAUCAAGAAACCUCACAUGGACAACAAUAAUCAGAUUCACAAGUUGAACAUGGAAGACAAAUGCAGUGGAGACCACUCUCAGUCAGCUCCAAGUUUACAGAAUCGAAGGUAUUCAUCUGUUGCCAGGAUUCAUUCAAUGACCAUCGAGGCUCCCAUCACUAAGGUCAUAAACAUCAUCAACGCAGCCCAGGAGAGCAGCUCAGUAACAGUCGCUGAGGCUCUGGAUCGCGUGUUGGAGAUCCUGAGGACCACCGAGCUCUACUCUCCUCAGCUGGCCUCUAAAGAAGAUGACCCCCACACAAACGAUCUGGUUGGGGGGCUCAUGAGCGAUGGGCUGCGGAGACUCUCUGGUAAUGAAUAUGUUUUCAGCAAAAACAUCGGCCAGAACCAGUUGGCCAUCCCAACCACUCUAAAUGAUGUCCCUCCGUUCAUCGCUGAGAUGCUGAAUGACGAGGAGUGCUGGGACUUCAACAUUCUGGAGCUGGAGGCUGCUACACACAGAAGACCGCUGACUUACCUUGGACUGAAGAUUUUCACACGUUUUGGAGUGUGUGACUUUCUGAGCUGCUCGGAGGCCACGCUGCGCUCCUGGCUGCAGCUCAUUGAGGCCAACUAUCACUCUUCCAACUCCUACCACAACUCCACACAUGCUGCAGAUGUUCUGCAUGCUACAGCCUACUUUCUGCGCAAAGAGAGAGUGAAGAGCUGCCUGGAUCAACUGGAUGAGGUGGCAGCGCUGAUAGCAGCCACGGUCCAUGAUGUGGACCACCCUGGCAGGACCAACUCAUUCCUGUGUAAUGCAGGAAGUGAACUGGCCAUCCUUUACAACGAUACAGCUGUGCUGGAAAGCCACCAUGCAGCCCUCGCCUUCCAACUCACCAUCCGAGACAGCAAGAGCAACAUCUUCAAGAACAUCGACAGAAAUCAGUUCCGGACGCUGCGACAGGCCGUCAUCGACAUGGUGUUGGCCACAGAGAUGACCCGGCACUUUGAGCAUGUCAGCAAGUUUGUCAACAGCAUCAACAAGCCGACCACUGCCAUAGAAGAGAGCAGCACAAGUGUAAGUAACAACUUGAGAAACUCUCCGGAAAACCGUCUGCUGAUAAAGAGAAUGCUGAUCAAGUGUGCAGAUGUGGCGAACCCCUGCAGGCCGCUGCAGCUCUGCAUCGAGUGGGCAGGACGCAUCUCUGAGGAGUACUUUGCACAGACAGACGAGGAGAAGCAUCAGGGGCUGCCCGUGGUGAUGCCUGUGUUCGACAGGAACACCUGCAGUGUGCCCAAAUCUCAGAUUUCCUUCAUCGACUACUUCAUCACAGACAUGUUCGAUGCCUGGGAUGCCUUUGCCAGCCUCCCUAAUCUGAUCGAGCACCUGUCGGAGAACUACAAGUACUGGAGGAACUUGGAUGACACGAAGUGUAAAAGCCUGCGUCUUCCUCCUUCGUCUUGACCUUCUCCUCCUCUCCUCCAGCGUUCAGAUCAGGGUUGGACACUGCAUCGGCCCGGCGUUGAACACUUCAUACUUCAGCUGUGAUUCCUCACAGUUAUGUGCCCUCUCAGUUGUAUUUGGACAACAUCUGGAAAAAUCAGACAUCUGGGAAAAAAUACAUAACCGACCAAAUCUCAGCCAAUUUCCUUGUUGACUUUUAACUAGAUGUUGUGUUCUGCCAGAGAAUGAAGGCCACAUCAACUGUCAGGGGCCUCUUUUUGGUCCCAAUAAAUAUGUCUGAAACUGGGUGGCACUGAAGGCCCACGUGGCAAUCGUUACCGAACAGUGUAGUGUGCCAGAAACCUGCACUUUAAGGUCAUCAAGACAUUUUGACUUCCAUUUUACUGUUUGCUUUUCAUCUUUCUUUGUCUUUAAACAAACUGUUGCAGAAGAAAUGUUGAAACAGAGGAGCAACAACAGCCAGGCACGCUUGAUUCCAAGUACCUGGAGUGACUGAGCUUUACGGUUAAUGUGAGUGCACAUCUUCAAACUUCCUGUCCUAAUGACAAACCUGAGAAGGUGCUCAGCUUGAAUUAUUCUUUCUAAACAGCCGUACGACACAAAAAUGUGUCAGGGACCAAAUUCUAAGCAACUCCUGCCCAUAAUGGUUGUGUGCUACGACGCCAGGCCCAUAUCUAGGGUUUGUGCGUUUCAGGUGAGUGGAGCUAACUGAGAACUGGAGACACUGGUCAGAGUCUGGAGCCCACGUCUUUCAGAGAGGUACUCUAGGUUCACUUUGCUUUAGUU